AUGGAGCGGAUGCGUAGUGACAUGUCCCACGCUUUCGCUUUGCUCCCAGAUAUGCUCCGGGCCGCCGCGCCUCAUCGAUGGAGCUCAAUGUCCAGGAUGGAAAUGGUCGAGAUGGCCCAGCACAUUUGUCUUGCCAUGGUUGAGAUAUGUGUCCUGACCUGGACUAUUCCGCUCUGGGCAUGCCUUCCCGGUGUAUUGUUCGCAGCCUGGAUGGGUUGCUGCAUGUCUGUGAUUAUGGGUAUGGUCUGGAUGCUGAACGGCCGCCGAUCCGGCGGCCACAUGAUUCGGUCGACUGUGGCUGGGGAUUGGAUGAUGGGCCAGGACUUGGAGGAUGAGCGUUGGUUCUUUGUUGGGGGCAUGGGAAUGAGCUCCCGGACCAUGGCUCACUCAACAUUGCCAAUGCUGUCCAAACUCUUCAACAGGACCAUCAUGAGCAUUUGCGCGCCCACGUACGGUCUGCCAUUAGACUUCAUCGCUUUACUCCUGCAGCGCUCUCUGGGCACCAUGAUGCCUUCACCCAUGACUAACUCCAUGUACGCACAAAUUCGCGCCUCUCUGCUCGACCGCGGCGUGUCGAGGACAGUGGUCCUCGCCCACAAUAGCGGCGCCGUCUGUGCCUCGCAGGUCCUCCGCCAGCUAUACGCCGACAUCUCCAUCGACAAGAUGUCGAAGCUGGAGAUCUACACGUUCGGCGCCGCAGCGACCGAGUUCGUCACCCCGCUCGGCGGCACCGCCGCCUCCGCUGUAGCGGAGUCCAAGAAGCUGGCCGGACAGCAGCAGAUGCAUGCCGCCGGCGUGGCAGAGACCCGCGAGCCCCACAUUGAGCAUUUCGCAUUUGCCAACGACCCGCUCGCCAAAAUGGGGGUCCUGCGCAGCGUCCGUGAGGACCUCGAGGGGCGCUUCUGCGGCGGUGUGUUUCUGAUGCAUUGCCCCGGUGCCGCGCACCACGGUGGAGAAAUGGCCACCAGGAAGAUGCCAUCGCGCCCGAUGAUGUCCAUGAUGGAUUACAUGUCCUGCCUAUUCCCUCAACAACACGACACGUCUGGCAACAUGGCCUCCAGGCCGUGCAGCAGCAUUCUGGACUGUAUGAUGACCAUCGACCGCGACACGGCUGAGAAGCGCGAGUUCGCUGCCAUGGCAAACCAGAACAACUCCAACAGUUCCGAGAGGAGGACCAAGAGGCUCAGCUGGACCGGUCUCGGUGCCACUGCUAAUGGCAUGAAGGGCAACAUGGACGGCGUCGUCGGGCUGGAGAUGGCGAGGAUGGGCUGCAGGGAGUGCGAAGGCCACCGGGGGAGGGAAGUCAGUAGACUGGUCAAGUACGUUAGCUUCCAGAGCCCAUUCUCCAUGGGUAGGCGAGACGUCGCGGAGGCUUCUGGUGUUGGGAAGGUGCAGUGA